AUGGUCAACGUUUUCAACGUGCAAAUCUUCUUUAUUGUCUUUAGAGAAUGUUUAGAAGCAGUGGUUGUUGUCUCUGUUCUUCUUGCAUUCUUGAAGCAAGGUAUCGGUAGAGCUACAGAUGACCCCAAAACAUACAAGAAACUUCGAAAUCAAGUUUGGAUAGGGGCGAUAUUGGGUGUAAUUAUAUGUCUUAUUAUCGGUGCUAUCUUUAUUGCGUUGUUCUAUACUUUGGGUAACGAUAUUUGGUCCAAGUCUGAAGACUUGUGGGAGGGUAUUUUCUGUAUUAUUGCGACGGUGUUGAUCUCUUUAAUGGGUAUUGCUAUGUUGAGAAUCAACAAGAUGAAGGAAAAAUGGAGAGUUAAGUUGGCCCAGGCAUUAACCAAAGUGCCUGAUAAGAAAAAAGACCGGUUCAAAAUUGGGUACUUGACAAAGAAAUAUUGUAUGCUUAUCUUGCCCUUGAUUACUUGCUUAAGAGAGGGUUUGGAGGCAAUCGUUUUUGUUGGUGGUGUCGGAUUAAACUCACCAGCCACAUCUUUCCCAAUCCCAGUCAUUUGUGGCUUAAUUGCUGGAAUUGUCGUUGGUACUAUAUUGUACUACUCAGGAUCUACCGUUUCUUUACAAGUGUUUUUAAUCAUCUCAACUGGUAUUUUGUAUUUAAUCGCUGCUGGGUUGUUCUCACGUGGUAUCUGGUACUUUGAAAGUCACGUGUUCAACAAUCAAACUGGUGGUGACGCUUCAGAAAAUGGAAGUGGCCCCGGAACUUAUGAUAUCGCGAAAACUAUUUGGCACGUCAAUUGUUGCAACCCCGAAAUUGAUAAUGGUUGGGAUGUGUUUAAUGCUUUGCUAGGCUGGCAAAAUACUGCUACAUAUGGUUCCAUCUUGUCAUAUAAUUUAUAUUGGUUUGCAGUGAUUGUUACCUUGUUGUUGAUGCUUUACGAAGAAAAGACGGGUCAUUUGCCAUUUAUGAAAGGUGUUACAUUGAGAUCAUUAAACCCAAUGUAUCAUAUUAAAAACAAAAAGAAACACGAAUUGACUGAAGCUGAAAAGAAGAAAUUGUUUGAAGAUUUGAGAAAUGCUAGAAUUGGACAUGAAGAUGAAGAAGAAGAGGAUAGCGCGGUUGCUGAUGAUGUUGACGAAGUGAAGAAUGAAAGGAUUAGUUUGAGUUCAGAAAAACAGCACAACUGA